UCUCGGCCAGAUACUGGACAAUUCACUCUGGAGUAGAGACUUAAUUUCCUUUCCUCCCCCCUGAUGAUGACGCCCCCAUCACCUCAUCUUGUUUGGCUCCAGAUAGUGUCGCUGAUCGUGAUGCGAUGAUUGGUCUUUGUCUGCAAGUUAGGCAGCUGCGCGAAUCAGGAAUGGCAAAAGGCCCACGCGUACCAUCAACUUUGGGUUCCACCACUAACUUCAAUCUAAGGCUGAUGACUGCGCCAUGAGGAACUGGGAAAGAGAUCCUGAUCCCCACGGUAGUCAGUAACCCAGUCGGUUCGGGUUUUUUCUCCCCUCCUCUGUCCACUUCGCUUCUUUCUCUGUGUCUCAUUUAACUCAUUGAUCUUAUUAUUAUCCCCGCCCCUCGCCUCCCCACCAUGCAAAUCUUCUUCUUCUUUCGCAUGGCUUGAUCUUCGCCACUGUUCAUACCUCCCAUCCCCCAUCUAAUCUAUAUGCAUCCUGCCAGCUGAGAUGAACCUCCACCAGGUGCAAUGGCACCUUGCUCGAGCGGCCAUGCUGAUGGCUGCUCUGUGUCUCGUCUUCUACCUCUUCGCAAACCGAAAUAGCCUCUCUACCGUCAAUGAGGGCCAGAUGGUCAACGAUGUCGAAGCUGUUGUUCCCGCCCUCUCCGCCUGCGACGAUUUCGACCCCGCCAGCGUAUCGAUUGACCUCCACGGACGACUAAACGCCAAAGCUCCAAUCAAUGGCAGCGCCGUCGAUGAUUUUGUCUGCUCCAUAGUAAAGCAUGAUAUGAAACAGACCGUCCAUCUCGACUGCCCGCUCAAUAUCAGCUCUCGUUAUAACAGUCUGCGCGUGCAGCCGAGCUGGGGCAACACCAAACCAAAAGUCAAAUACUUCUUCGCUCUGGACCUACACCAAGCCGCCCACAUCCUCAUGCCCCUGAUGGGUGCCAUCUUGGAUACCAUGCGGUUCAUUGGUCCUCAGUAUUGUGCUCUCUCCAUCGUCGAAGGCCGGUCCACCGACGGCACGUACGACAUUCUCCUUGCAUUGGAACGUGAGCUCGCCGCUAUGGGUGUGCGAUACUUUCUGGCAACAAAUGAUCUGAAUCCCAAGGCAGAGGGGGAGGAUCGCAUCAAGGAUCUGGCGAUUCUGCGCAAUCAGGCCAUCGCUCCGCUGGUCACCGCCGGAACCGGCAAGUUCAGCCCGUACGCCGCCGAUGCGCUGAUCGUCUUCGUCAAUGAUAUCGUUCUGUGCACGGAAGAUCUGCUCGAGCUCGUCUACCAGCAUCAGCAGCAAGAUGCGCAGAUGACUUGCGCAUUCGACUGGAAUGCGGGAGGGGGCUCCUUCUAUGAUUCCUGGGUGUCCCGGUCCAUGUCUGGCAACCUCUUUUUCGAGAUCACCCAUGAUGCCCGGUAUUGGAUUGGUAAGGAUAUGUUCUUCGACGACUCAUUCAGCGCGGAACGCUACGGGCGAGGUCUUCCCGUGCAGGUUUACUCGUGCUGGGGCGGUAUGGUGACCCUCAACGCGGCGCCAUUUGUGCAGAAAUCAAUCACAUUCCGCAACUCGGAACCCGGCGAAUGCUAUAUGGGUGAGCCAAUGACGCUGGCCAAGGAUCUCUGGAAGGCGGGUUUGGGCAAGAUCCUGGCCGUAUCCAGCAUCAAUGUCGCGUACGAAUACAAGUCGACGCGAGAAGCAAAGGAGACAUAUAAAUACGUGCACCAAAUCAUUCGAAGGGAGAAAUAUAAGACCGGGCCCGAAUUGGUCGAGUGGCAGGCAAAGCCGCCGCCGAGGGUCAAAUGCAUGCCGUGGUUCAACAACCAAUAUUGGGUGGACCCGAUGUAAAUACUAUCUGUGAUACCAAGCAUAUAUUCUUUUUUUGUUUAUCUUCUGUCUCUUUUAUGGCCUUUGUCGCGGGUUGCUGCUGGUACAAUGACGAACUUUGUGACUAGUACCUUGCACUACAUC